AUGCUAAUUAUAAUAUCAAUUUUAAUUUCCACAAUUUCUUGUGCCCCAGCACUUCCAGCAUUGAAUAUUUUAAGUGAUCCACAAGGACCAUUAUUGACAGAAUAUAUUAAUGCAAUUACAGCCUAUGGACCAGGAUUGGGAGUUUAUAGUUAGUUAUUUUUCAAAAAAUUUAGAAAUAUUUCUAAUUCGAAAAAUUGCAGCACCGUAUAGUUACGUGGAUGUUUCCUAUGAUAACAUUCCGUUUAUUGGAAAAGUUCCACUAAUUGGAAAAGAUGGAACAUCUUCGCGUUUAGGAGUUUCGCCAUUUUAUCCACCAGGUGGAAAUCCAAGUAACCCAUGGCCACCACUUUAUAAGUUAGUUUUUAGAAAUAGAAAACCAAUAAUCUAUGUUAAAAUAUUUGAGAGCCCGUCCACUUCCAAUGCAUGUUCCUGAACCACAAGAUGUUGUUGCUGUUCCACUUGAUGAAGAGGCUCUUCAUGGUGAACCAUUAUUCCCACCAGAAUUGACACUUCCAAGUGAACAAGCAGCAAUCGAGGAAGCGGCCAAGAAAGAAUUGCUCAAAGAAACUGAUAAACCAAAUGAUCCUUUUAGUGGAACUAAUUUAGAUUUGGCAAAUGAAAAUGAAGAAGAAACACAUGGCGAAUUUGUGAAUUGGCCAGCGAUUAGUGAAUCAGUUUCAGAAGGAGUUGAAAGUGACGAGAAAAAUACUAUUAUUGGUGAGUUAGGUGAACUAAAUAUAUUAGAAAUCACAAAAAAAAAGAGUUCUGGAAUAUCUAUAAAAAAAAGCUUCCCGAAAAUUUUAUUGUGGAAAUCACUGUAGUUUAUGAUAUUCUACUCAUUCAUCGAGAUUCACAUUUUAGAAUUUUACAAUCCCAGUUCCUCCCUCAAACUCACUUUUGAAUAAAUAAACAUAUAAAACGAUGGCAGGUUAUUAGAAUAGAAAUAUGCAAAAUAAGACAAAAACCACGUCCAUCAAAAAAAUCCACAAUUUUUCCUAAAUAGGUCACGUUUUUUUGUGCUGAAAAAAUUAAAAAAUUUUAUCGCAUUUCAGAAUCUUCUUCACAAAAACAUGAAAUAAUUGUGGAUGAGGCAAGAGAAAAAGCGAUGAAGCCAAAUGAAGUUUCAAAAAUAGCAAUCGGUGCAAAUGACCGUCCAAAAAGUCCGUUCCGAUCCAGAAGAAUUUUGAUGGAGCGUUAUUAA